AUGAAUGCCAACUACCCUAUUUACCUACAAGAAAUUAAAGAGAAUUGUGCACCCUUGAAAGACAUUUAACUGAGUCACAAAAAAUCCCUUCCUCAUAUUAUUGAAUCCAUUACCUAAAAGAUUCCUUAAGUCAAAAAAUAAAGCAUCCACAAAAUAUGUUCCUAACAAGAAUAAAGAAUAUAUUCUAAUAUUCACAAACUCAAAAAAUAUAAUCUACUCAAAGAAAUUGGACAUGUUAACCCUCAACUUCAUCAAGAAUUGCAAAACACUCGAGAUCACCAACUCCCUUACAAACUAAUCCAAUAUCAGAAAAUCAAACAGUAAUAGGGAGAGCUGAUUACUGAGAACUAGGAGUCGACUAAUAACUUAAACGAUUGCUAUGGAUAAGAUGAUAUUAUGUGCUCAAACAGAAAGAUACUACUGAAACCUUGUAUGCGAAACAUCAUGGAUGACUACGAAAAUCGUUAUAAUGAAUAUAGUGACUCUUACAUCAAUAAAUACUUGGAUCUGAAUUGA